UGAAACGUAACUCCACCCCCCGGCAUCCAUUUCUGAACGGAGGGACACGGCGCUAGCGAAGAGAAUCCUCGAUUUUAUGUAUAUUUCCUCAUGUAUAUCACUGUAGAUUAUCUUCAGAAAAUUCGCGACAUAAAACUGAAGUAGCCACUAGUCUGUGAAAUCGUAUCAUAUAUUAUCCAUUGAACCCGUUCGGACAGAGGCAAGAGUUGAAGCUCGCCUUUUAUUUCACGUUUAACUUUCCUAAGCGGCGUGUUCAGCCGUUUUUUUCUUCUUCCUUUGCCCCGCUCCCCCCCGGUGUGAGUAGUGGCCUGUAACGUUGAUUUAGCCACGAGGCGGGUCGGAUCAACCGGAAUUGGGCGAUGGCGGAGUUCGGUAACGGACUGGACUCAGGAAUGACGGAGGAAUCCCUACUGGACUCAGACCCAGGGCACCCAGAACUAGAAGACCCGGGUGUUGGCGAUGAGGAGCCGGGAUUAGAGGAAGGAGAAGCUGCAAUUGAGGACCCGGAGCUGGAGGCAAUCAAAGCCCGGGUGCGAGAGAUGGAGGAGGAAGCAGAAAAGCUGAAGGAGUUACAGAACGAGGUGGAGAAACAGAUGAACCUUAGCCCUCCACCAGCCGGUCCCGUCAUCAUGUCCAUCGAGGAGAAAAUGGAAGCCGACGCGAGAUCCAUCUACGUUGGAAACGUGGAUUACGGCGCCACGGCGGAGGAGCUAGAAGCCCACUUCCACGGCUGCGGCUCCGUCAACAGAGUCACCAUCCUGUGCGACAAGUUCACAGGGCAUCCCAAAGGGUUUGCCUAUAUCGAGUUUUCAGACAAGGAGUCUGUGAGGACGGCCAUGGCAUUGGACGAGUCUCUGUUCAGAGGAAGGCAGAUUAAGGUGGGGGUGAAGAGGACGAACAGGCCAGGCAUCAGCACCACAGACCGCGGGUUCCCCCGGGCCCGCUUCCGCUCACGAGGAGGAAACUUUAACUCGUCACGCGCACGUUACUACAGUGGCUACGCACCGCCCAGAGGCAGAGGACGGGCCUUCAGGGGCCGAGGGCGAACAACAUCGUGGUAUUCCCCUUACUAAUACCCCCAACCCCCUACUAUCACCCCAUGUCCCCAUGCAAAAAAAAAAAGAAUGAGAGAGAAAAAAAAGUCCCAGGAAAAAACACUGAA